AUGGUUGUUCUUGUCGGUGGAGGAACAGGGAAUGUCGGCUCUGCUGUGGUGCAAGCGCUGUCAUCUUCUGGUUUCGCUGUGAAGGUUCUGUCUCGGGAUCUGUCCACGGCGAAAGCAUCGAAGCUCUCGCAUUUGCCCGGCGUCUCAUGUGUUCAAGGCAACAUGAGCGAUCGGACGGCUUUGGCAUCUGCGUUCGAUGGCGUAACCGCUUGCUUUCUGGGCUGUUCAAAUUCUGAGCAGCAAGUCCGAGACGAGAUCGCCUUCAUCGACGCAGCUCAGAGCUGCGGCUGCCGGUACCUGGUGAAGCUGGGGACCUGCGGGGCUCCAGGCUACACCUCCGCAGACAGCAUCAUCCAGUAUGGCCGUUUCCAUGCUGAGAUCGAGAAACACCUGUCUUCGACAGAUCUGGAAUGGACAGUCCUGAGGCCAAAUUUUUUCUUGCAGAACCACAUUGCAGACAUCUUCGGAUCCGUUCCGCAAGGAGUCGUUGCAUAUCCAGUCCAGCCCACGAGCUUGGCACGAAGCGUGGACGUAAGGGAUGUCGGCCAUCUUGCCGCAAAGCUCCUGAUGCUGAGCCCCGAGGAAAGAAGAAAGCACCAAGGCAAGAUCUACGACGUCUGCGGCCCAGAGGCCGUCAGCACGACGGACGUGGCUGCGCAUUUCUCUGCAGCCCUCGGCCGCACCAUUGCAGCGGUGCAGAUUUCUGCAGAAGACUGGAGCGGGAAUGCGGAGAAGGCUGGCUUCCCCGGUUGGCUGGCGCAAGCAGUGUGCCGGAACUUCACAGACUUCUGGGACAAGGGACUCCUGGACUUCCCCAGCAGCCCAGAGGUCCUGGAGAUUCUCCCGCCAUCGCGGACCUUGAAGGCCUGGGUCGAGGAGCACGCCUCGCUCGUGCAAGCGGCAUCUCCUUCGCAGAAGCUGGCGAGUCUGCUCCAGCAGCCCGUCAGACUCGAUCUUCCGGUGCGAAGGCCGGGCCGGGGUCCACUCGAUUCGGGGCUCUCCGAGGCGAAGCCGAGCCCCUGGCAGAGCCCGUGGCCGUGGCAGUCGGAGCCUCUCGCGGGUCCAGGCCCCAGCCCGUCGAACCCCUCGAAUCGCCCGGGCCCACCCCAGAGGCCACGAGACGAGGAGCGCCGUAGCUCCGCCCCGGCCUUCGAGAAGAGGGUCACCAUGGCUCCGCACGCGCAUCAUCCCCCUGCUCCGCCAGCGAUGGGGAGAUGCAGCUCCUCCCCAUCCCUUCUUCGUGAGCCCGAGCUCAGGGAGUCCGAGCCCAUGGUCCCCGCGGACUUCCCCUCCACCCUGCGGCGUGUGCGGCGGGGCGCACCCAGCCAUGCCAAUAUUGCAGUCGGCACCACACGCAACACAAGUUGCACAGCAGGGUCCACAGGGCGCACAGGUAUGCACCGAGCGAGGGGCGCUGAACAGCUGCUGGAGCUGGCGGAUGCUCGGGAGGAUCUGAUGGCGGGCGCCUAUCUAAGGCCUUCAACUGCGGUGCAAGCCGCAGCUCCUCCAGCACCUCCUGCGCGCAAGCUGCAGAAAUCCAAGCCGGGCCACUUUGGGGCGCUACGAAGGACCUCCAACAUGAAAAGACCGCGACAAGCAGAGAUCGACGUGUCUCCGGAGGCUGUAGACCCCUACGCAGCAUCCUUCGCCGAAGUGUCGGAGGUCUCUGAAGGCCUUCUCCUGACCGACCACGACCGGGGGCUCGAGACGAAGAGCAUGGACUCCGGCUUCUACAGUUGGCCCUGGCAAGAAGGCAUUGAGCCUUUGGCAUCUAUGCUACGCUCCCUGGAGUUCCAAGUUGAAGCCCUUUUCGAGUUGAUGGAUGCCCAUUCCUUCAAGGAUGAGGCAGAUGCCUCCGUUGUUGACGUCAUCAACAGGAAGCGCGAAGCUCUCCACAACACGUUUGCGGCAUUGAAGGAGGCUCUGUGGUGGACGCGGCGACAGUCUGAACGGCCGGUGUCUACCUCCAUGGCCCCCAGGUUCUCGGGGCCUUGGGCCGAGGAGGCACCAGGACUGGACCCUGAGAGCAGUGGCCUCACGGAGCUCGAGGUGCUCCAAUCACAGCUGGCGAAGCGCAUCUCGGUCGUUGUGGAGAACGGAUCCGUGGAGAAGUUCAAGCCGAAGGAGGCGCAGGCGCCCAACUUGGCUUCUGCUUCGGCGACCUUGGCCCAGGCGCAGGAGGGCAUGACCAUUGCCUGGCCCGUGGUGCCUCCUAUACCAGAAGGCGAGGAGGACCGGUUGAAGCGAGACUUCCAGCUGCAAAGGUCACCGGUCAGACCAUCGAGUUGGCUCCGGGAGUUGCAGGCCUCCUGGGCCGCCGGGGCUGCGGCUGCCCGCGCGGAGCGCGAGCACACGGAGCCGGCGCCGUCGUGGCCAGCGUCGCGGCCGGAGACCCGGCCGCCCGAGGAAGCGACGUCAAAGGUGCAGAUCGCCGAGCCGGUCACGGCAAAGGACACAG